AUGCAAAACCAAAGAAGCAUCACAUUGCUCCAAGCAGAAGCUGACAAUGACGACGAAAGUUAUUUCCGACUUCUAAUCAACGGGUCAGUCAGGUAUAUCACCAUUGCCCAAGGCAUCUGGAGCACAGAUGAUAUGUGCUUCGGCCCAUCCCUAGCCACGAUUCUCCCCGAAAUUCCUACAGGCAAUUGGAACGAUGGACUAGUAACCAAACACCCAGAAACCGGCGAGCCGUACUUUGCCCGCGCCACUCGAACCUCGUUUCCAGGAGUUGAGAAUACAUGGCAUGACACCUUUGUUGAUUACAUGGAUCUCGGGGAGAGCAGGAGACUUCGAACGGGCGUCUACGAAGUCAAAUGCCCCCAAUUUGAGGAACUUAUCGUCGUCAAGUUUGCUCGCUUUGAUUGGGAAAUUGGAUACCUGGAAGGCGAGACUUGUGCCUACCGAUUGAUUGAGGGCUGUGACAUUAGUCCCCGGUUCAUGGGACAUCUCACUGAAGAUGGUCGUGUUAUUGGAUUUUUGAUGGAGCGUAUCGCUAAUGCACGGUAUGCUGGGCCUCAUAACCUUGAACUUUGCCGAAAGACUCUUGCUCGGUUACAUGCUUUGGGAGUUAAACAUGGUGAUGUGAAUCGGUUCAACUUCCUGAUUCGGGAUUCGAAAGCUAUUUUGAUUGAUUUUGAUACGGCCCGCAAGUGUGAUGAUUCUAAGUUGCUUGCUGAAGAGCUCUGCAACUUACAAGAAGCGUUGGAAUCUUCGUCGGAGAAGGGCGGUGGGGGGUAUCUUUGUUAG